UCGCGUUCAUGGCAUCGAUCAACCAGGCACAUUUGAUUCACGACCACAGCAGUGGUCGCUCUUCCACUCGCCUCCAUGCUCCUCCUGGCGGAGGAAACGCGAUGGGCACUAGCUUUGGCUGGGGAGAUGAUUCCGCUCCGGCUCCCAUCAAGAAGCGUGACCCCAACGCUUCGUCUGUGGCCAGUGAGCCAGCGGCACCUGCUGCUCGUGCGGCAAGGAAGGGAGAGUUCGUUGACAACCGCAUCGGGUGUGGAGUUGAGAACAAGGCCACCAACGUGCAGCCCGCCAAGGGCUUCGGUGACACCGGAGCCUCCAGUGUCAAGGUGCACCAUGCUCCUGGAGGAAAGAGCAGCGGAAACAUCCUCAGCUGGUCGUGAAGCGGAUGAGACAAGGACGUCAAAGAAGUGCGGAAUGUGUAGUUGUAAUUUACAUCUAAGAUGCGUCAUCAAGAAGCAAGACUAACCAUUGAUCUUCUCUUCCUUAUUAAUACAAUUGCGGUGUGCACACGAG